GGGGGACACAGAGGGAGGAAGAAGCGGCGGCUGCGGCUCCUCUGUGCAGAGGGGGAAAACUCGAGGGCUCGGAGCAGGAAUAAUGCGGUAGGCGAGGCGGGCUGCUAGCUCCCGGCUCCGGCAGCAGCGGCGGCGGCCCGAGCAGCGGCAGCACCCAGGCGCUGACAGCCCCGCCGGCCGGCUCCCUCGCUGACCGCCGACUGUCAAUGGAGCUGGAAAACAUCGUGGCCAACACGGUCUUGCUGAAAGCCAGGGAAGGGGGCGGAGGCAAGCGCAAAGGGAAAAGCAAGAAGUGGAAGGAAAUCCUGAAGUUCCCUCACAUCAGCCAGUGUGAAGACCUCCGGAGGACUAUAGACAGAGAUUACUGCAGUUUAUGUGACAAGCAGCCAAUUGGGAGGCUACUUUUCCGACAGUUCUGCGAAACCAGGCCUGGGCUGGAGUGCUACAUUCAGUUCCUGGACUCAGUGGCAGAAUAUGAAGUUACCCGAGAUGAAAAACUGAGAGAGAAAGGGAAGGAAAUUUUGACCAAGUACCUCGCCCCAAAGUCCCCAAUUUUCAUUGCUCAAGUCAGCCGAGACCUGGUGUCCCAGACAGAGGCGAAGCUCCUGCAGCGACCCUGUAAAGAGCUGUUUUCUGCUUGUGUGCAGUCUGUCCAUGACUACCUGAGGGGAGAGCCGUUCCACGAAUACCUGCACAGCAUGUAUUUUGACCGCUUUCUCCAAUGGAAGUGGUUGGAGAGGCAACCCGUGACCAAAAAUACAUUCAGGCAGUACCGAGUGCUGGGGAAAGGGGGCUUCGGGGAGGUCUGUGCCUGCCAGGUUCGGGCCACAGGCAAAAUGUAUGCCUGCAAGCGCCUGGAGAAGAAGAGGAUCAAAAAGAGGAAAGGGGAGUCCAUGGCGCUCAACGAGAAGCAGAUUCUUGAGAAGGUCAACAGCCAGUUUGUGGUCAACCUGGCCUAUGCCUAUGAGACCAAGGAUGCGCUGUGCCUCGUCCUCACCAUCAUGAACGGGGGCGACCUGAAGUUCCACAUCUACAACAUGGGGAACCCAGGCUUCGAGGAGGAGCGAGCCUUGUUUUACGCCGCCGAGAUCCUCUGCGGCUUGGAGGACCUGCACCGAGAGAACACUGUCUACAGAGACCUGAAACCUGAAAACAUCCUGCUAGACGAUUACGGCCACAUCAGGAUCUCGGACCUGGGGCUGGCCGUGAAGAUUCCUGAGGGAGACCUGAUCCGAGGCCGGGUGGGCACCGUGGGCUACAUGGCUCCAGAGGUCCUGAACAACCAACGAUACGGCCUGAGCCCCGACUACUGGGGCCUGGGCUGCCUCAUCUACGAGAUGAUCGAGGGCCAGUCACCGUUCCGCGGCCGCAAGGAGAAGGUGAAGCGGGAGGAGGUGGACCGUCGGGUCCUGGAGACCGAGGAGGUGUACUCCCACAAGUUCUCCGAGGAGGCCAAGUCCAUCUGCAGGAUGCUGCUCACCAAGGACGCAAAGCAGAGGCUUGGCUGCCAGGUGGAGGGUGCAGCCGGGGUCAAAAGGCACCCCUUCUUCAGGAGCAUGAACUUCAAGCGCUUGGAGGCCGGCAUGUUGGAGCCUCCCUUCGUUCCUGAUCCUCGGGCCGUGUAUUGUAAGGACGUGCUGGACAUUGAGCAGUUCUCCACCGUGAAGGGCGUCAACCUGGACCACACGGAUGACGACUUCUACUCCAAGUUCUCCACUGGCUCCGUGCCCAUCCCAUGGCAGAACGAGAUGAUAGAGACAGAAUGCUUUAAGGAGCUGAACGUGUUUGGGCCUGAUGGCAGCCUCUCAUCGGACCUGAACAGAAGUCAGCCUCCUGAACCACCGAAGAAAGGGCUGCUCCAGAGGCUCUUCCGGCGUCAGCAUCAGAACAAUUCCAAGAGUUCACCGAGUCACAACCACCACAUAAAUUCAAACCACGUCAGCUCAAACUCCACUGGAAGCAGCUAGUUUCAGCUCUGGCCUUGACAUCCACUGCGAAACCAGCCCAGACCUUUUAUUAGGAAAGCAGAACUGUGGCCAGCGGUGCUUCCGCUCUGGCCAGGAGGCCAGCAGCACCCCUGGGAGCUGGGGAAGGAGACCGCUGACCCCCUCUACGAGCCUUGAGGUUUCACAAAGAAAUUUCCACUCAGGUCUGUUUUCCAAGGUGGCCCCACACCGGGGUGGAUUGGAUUUGCCCUCGAUGAACAUUGCAAUAGAAACCCCGUGAGAUACGACAACUUGCACGUAUUUUAAUAGCGUCCUAACUAGAACUGAAUUUUGUCUUUCUUAUUUUUAAAGAAAAGUUUUGUAAAUUUCUCUAUUGUCUCAGUUUACAUUUUGUAUAUUUGUAUUUAAAUGAAAGUCAGACUUUGAGGGUGUAUAUUUUCUGUGCAGCCACUGUUAAGCCAUGUGUUUUAAAGACAUUUUAGGAGGAAGGGAUUUACAAAAAAAAAAAAAAAAAUGUGACUCCAGACUUCCAGAGCCUCAAAUGAGAAAAUGUUUUUAUUAAAUGUAGAACAUCUUUCACCUUUCACCUUUAAA